AAUUCCGAAGGGAUUCGAAUCUCAUUCCGCCUAGCUCAAGCCGGGUUGAGAGUGAUCAAAAAGUGAGAUUAUCACGGCACGAAGUUUAGUGCUGCCAACACGCUGCGUGGAAGAUCAUUGGUGCGUGUAACGAAACGUGAAAGGAUACCGAAGGAUCACAGGACACCAUGUCGCGAAGCAACUUGGCCUUGAUACUCAAGAUAUCGUCGCUUUUAGCCUGUUUCAUUUUGAUCCAGCGUGUAGCCGAUGCUCAAAGUAUUGUGAGUGCACAAAAAACCGUUGAAGUGGAAAAAAACGGAAUGGCAGAAUUGACAUGCAAUGUAGAAGGUUACGCCAAAGACGACGUUACUUGGAUAAAACCCAAUGAUCAUCGGAAUUUAAAGGGUAAAAUAGACCCUUUGGAUGGAAAAGAUAGAUUUACAACGACACUGACGGUUGAAAACGUGAAAGAUGACGGAGUUUAUCAAUGCUUGACUUAUGAUGAAAUUUUGAAACGUUCGAUCGGUGAUAAUGUCACCGUGAAAGUCAUCAGUCAUCGGUCAUCAGAGCCUGAUAAUCCAACAUACUCGGAUGGCCUAACGGUGACAUUAACACCUUACAAGCAAGGCGGUGCAAAGUUGGAAUGGAGAACGCGUAAUGCAAUCUUGCCAAAUUCAGUCGAAUUCGUCAGCAUAGAAUGCAAUGCAACCGGUAUAACAUGGCAAAAUUGUGGAGGGAUAUCGAAGUGCCCGAAAAAUCAGUAUUGCAUUGUAAACAAAUGGAAAAUUAAUGCUACAAACUUUGAAAUCAGGGUCAUCGUGAAAGAUUCUAACGGCACGACUUACCACAGUGAUCCGAUCAAUGUUACCCCAUAUCCUGCCUUUGUUCCGAGUAUUAAAAUCAGUGAAUCUACCCAGAAUUCGAUAAAUAUUACUUGGAACAAGCCACCAGACGCAAUAUUCAAUGACACUGAAUCUUACGAGAUUACGGUAGAUGGGAAAAAAGAACGCACAAAUUCGCUGAAGUUGUUCAAGAUAAUCGGAAGGCUUGAAUGCGGCAAGACGUAUUCGAUCAAAGUUGCGCCUUGUGUUCCGGAUUCAAACGGAGGUUGCCUGACUGCCAGUGAAGAAAUGAAAGCCGACACGAAGCCGUGCGAGAAAAAUAUUUCGCCGAUUUCUCGACCAGAAACGAGUACCAUAGUUCUAGCUAUAUUCUCCCUGUAUUUCCUGGCGAAAUACGAAUUUAAUUAAUAGUUAUCAAGUUAUCCGUUGUCGAUGAUCGAUCCAGUAAAAACAUUGUCGCAACACGUAAUCGAAUCUCCGGAUCGUCAAAU